AUGGAGCCUGAAACAUCACCACGGCCACCGCGUAACAAUCAAUUGCUGUUCCGAUUGAGGAACAAUCAUUCUACUCCAGUUUUCAAUCCUCCGACGCAAGCCUCAUUCGAGGAUUCAUAUCAGAACUUGGAUACCCAGAAAGAUGCUGAGAAACCCAUCGAGGUGAUUCCGGAGAAGCCUACGAUCGACGGCGACGUAGUGGCGGCAAAGAAGCUGGAGGUUCCGUUUGCUGAAGAAACGGCGGUCGUUGAGAGCGUAAAGUCUUGUUUGUGUAACAAGGAAAGAGCCAUGUUUCCGAUUAUUAUUUUAUCGAGAUUGAACAAGGAGAUGGAAGGUGAUUUAUUGACCUUUAAGAGAGGAAUGCCUCCGAGGAACACUAACAGAGUUAGUAGUCCUCCAACGCAAACAUCAUUCGACGAUCCAGAACAGAAAUUCGAUUCCGAGAAAGAUGCAGAAAAUGUCAUCGUCGACGCUAUUCGCGAGAAGCCCACGACCGACGACGACGAGGAAGACGAAGAAGCGGCGGCGAAGAAGCGGAAAGUUUCGUUUGCUGACGAAACGGCAGCCAAUGCGACUGUUAAGCCUUGGAACUUGAGGUCGAGGAAUAAAAAACCUACGUGUUCGUCGCAGCCGCCGAUGAAGUUGAGUGAAGCAGAUAAGGAGAAUUCAGACGAAGUGAAGAACCAAAUAAUAGUCAAUUUUUCGAUUACUGUAUCGAACAAGAAGAAAGAAGAAGAUUUCUUGGCCUUUACUGGGAAAAAGCCCUCCGGAAGGCCUAAGCGGAGGCCCCGCAAUGUGCAGAAGGCGAUAGAUCGUAUUACACCAGCAUUUGAAAUAGAAGAGAUCAUUGAUGGAAUCAUACGAAGGUCGAGAUUGCUCCAUAAUCAUGAGGCAGUAGAGUAAAGGGAGACUUUAUUGUUGAAACGAAAAAUCUUGAGGGAUAUUUGUCAGCUGCCGUAGUUGCAGAUGCCUAAACAUCUAUUUAGAAAACCUGGGCUGUUUCACAUUUGUUGGGGAUCAAAUUUGUCA